UUAUCUUGUCUGGGAAGUGAGGGGACAGAAGCACUCAUCUGAAUUGAUCCCAAGUAAUUGGAAGUGGAGGAAAGAGAAAUCAAUGGACCGUGCAAAAUGGAUCCAACAGCUGUCUCCUGUUUGCAAGUAUAAGGACACAAACAACCUGACUACUUCAAAAGGGGACUGCAGUCUGUGACAUGGCACACUUCAGAGUGCUACGUUUGGUCUGCUCACAGGUAAGGGUCAAACUCUUUGCAAUUGUGACACUGCUAACACUUUGCAGGAUUUCAAUAUUUUUUUAUGGCUCAUUCCUUUGUUUUUUUGGAGCCUUUCUUCUGUGCAGGAAUGCCUUCAGACGAUUUGGUUCGUAGAGGGCUCUAUGCAUCUCUUACCAUUGUUGGAGUUCCUGGUAAUAUUCUUGUAAUCAUGGCAUUCCUUCUCCUGUCCUACGAAGAGAACCGUCUCCUUGCCGCUGAAGCCAUCGUCCUGCACCUAACCUGCGCCAAUCUGCUUGUGGUGGUUGUACGCUGUCUAACGGAGACCCUGGCCUCCUUCCAUGUGGUCAAUGUCUUCGGAGAUGCAGGUUGUAAAGGGGUCAUCUUCAUCUACAGGACCUCUCGUGGCCUCUCAAUCUGGCUCACCUUCCUCCUGAGUACUUACCAAUGUCUGAGCGUCUCUCCUCCUGGAUCCUACUGGGCCUCUGUGCGAGUACUGUUAGCCCAAAAUUUGGUUUUUGUAUUCCUCUUCCUCUGGGUGCUCAACACCACUAUGAGCUCAGGAGCAAUACUAUUCUCUUUAAGCUCCAAGAAUGAUUCAAGUCCAAUAAACAACGCUGUAAAUUUAGAAUUCUGCUUUGUGAGCUUCCCUUCAGAUUUGUCCAAAGAGAUCUUUGGAGCAGUACAAGUAAGCAGAGAUGUGGUGCCAAUGGCCCUCAUGACUCUAACCAGUGUGAUUAUUCUAGUCCUUCUUUACCAGCACAACCAACACAUGAAUGAUCUUCACAGAAACAGUAACGCAAGUGGAGGAAGAUGUGGAGCAAAGAGACGAGCUGCAAAGGUUGUGGUUGUGCUUGUGACUUUGUAUUUGGGCCUGUAUGGUGUAGACUGUGGCCUUUGGGUAUACACCCUAACUGUGAAAAAGACAAUGAGUUCUUCACUGAUCUCAGAUCUGCGUGUAUUUUUUGCCUCCAUGUAUGCAGCCCUCAGCCCUUUGGUUAUCAUUGUAUCUAACAGGAAGGUGAAUAGCAGGCUGAUGUGUAUAUCACAGAAGCUUGCCUAAGAGAGAGCCAGACACGCUCCAUCUUUUUGAGAUAUGCUUCUGAGGUUGAUUGUUUGCAGGGCACAAGGAUAAUUUGACCUCCUACAUUUUUUUCUUAUGUGGUGCAUUUCUUUUAAAGGUUGUAAAGAAAUAUAAAUAAAUGUAAGUUAUAUUUUUUGACAAAUUUAUUUUGUCUUGAUAAGUGUAGUUUCAUAUUCAUGUAAAUCCCACUAUAAAUAUUCUCUGCUGGCAUCAUGUUGCUUUAUCAGUUUAUUCAUUAUGUUUUAUCCAUUUUAUUUAUGUGAAAAUGUUACAGUAUGUUAACAAUGCUAACAACAAACGCUAAUUGUACUCCAGAAAAUUUUGUACUUGAAAUUGUACUUGACAGAAAAUGUCUGAUGGAAAACUGAAGAAUUGCUCGCGCAGAGCCGUGAGAUGAAAAAAGAUGUAUAUUACUAAAGAAAAAAAAUGAUGCAAUGCAACGCUGACAAUGUCAGAGCUUCAUAAAAUGAGGAGACACAAAAAGUAGAUUUUGGCACUAUACCUCUCAGUCUGCUGCUGGAUGUGGCAAGCUGGUAAUUUAGGAGUCAUUAUGUAAUUUUUCUGACUUGACAAAUCAAGGGCAAGGAGAAGUGGUGAGGACAUAACCUUUGCGAGUGACAGCCUAAAAAACAUAAAGUGGGGCUGCCAGCACUCUGCAAUCCUGUCAUGACUCUUAAGUGCAAUCACUGUGGGGCUGUUGAGCUGCUGUCGCACUGCAGGUGAGAAUAACACUUCUUUUUGUGCUUGUGCAAACUGUUGCUUGAAUCAUAUAGUCAAUGCCGGAAACAUGAAAGGUCACAAGUGUCACUACAAAGUAAUAUUCAUUUUUCACACAGCUGGAACCAAGAACAUCUUUCAAAAAGCUUUUCCCAGAUGACAUAUUCCAUGUUUCUUACUCUUCAAUCCACUGAAAUCUGAGUGGCACUCUAUACAGACUCCGGUGGAAUGAAGGAUAGAAGACAUGGAUGUUUUCAUGUGCCGUCACAACUGGUAAGGAAUUGCUGAAUGCCGGCUCCGAUGAGCUUUUUGACGGCUUCCAGAGGAGCCGUUCCUUUGCUGUCAAGAAGGAAGAUUUGGCAGAUAUGUUAAGAGGAACAAACAAACAAAAGACAGGUUUCACUGGAGUGCAAGCUCAAGUCUCAGCGAGUGUUUGAAGGGCGUGCCAGGCAGGCCUCUCCUUGCACAAGACAGGACCUGUUUCCCUCUGCUCUGCAUCCUGCAAGUCUUUUGAGCCCAAAGGACCCGUGCUGCUGUGAAAUAAAUGCAUGUGGCGCAAAAUUCUAAGCAUCAUUAGGUCUCUUAUUCCUUUAAGACUGUGCUUGUCUACAGGACUGCUCAGUGGUUUUAAAGCCAGAAAUCAAACGUUUUAACUUUACACUCAAACAAGUGAAAAAACACAAGAGCAAAAAACAAAUAACUUACUUUCCUCAAAACAACAAACCAGUAACAAGUCAGUUCAUUUACUUGUUAGGAGAAAGAAAAUGUGUAAAAUACAAACCCAUAGAAAGACAGCAGAGUAAAUCUUCGAAGGUGUCUAAAAAAACACAGCUAAAUCCCACCAGGUGAUCCUGUUAAGACCUCUGUC